GCUGUUGGCUGUUCAAGCACAAUUACCUUCAAGCUCAAGGGGGGAUUAUUUCGAUUUUGUGGUCAUCAAUUUCUAUCAUUUCGUGUUUAUUAAGGAUCCACGUGCAGAAGUAGUCAAACACCUUUCGUUCUUGCACUUGGAGAAGAUUGGGCAGCAAAAGCAACAUGUGACUGCGUUUCUGAAGAAACAAAGGUAAUUUCCCUCUGCUUUUCCUUUUGGAGCACCAUGGAAAAGACCUGAUUGAUAGGAGGAAAAGGAGUCAUGAGGAGAAUUUGGCUCUUAACUUGGUUGAAUGAAUCAUUUAAACCCAUCAAGAAUUGCAUAACCUGUUCCUGAUGAAAGUAACCCAACAGCACUCGACUUCCGCCACAUUGGCAAUUAUGCUGAGGAAGAUAAUCUUGGAUUUCAUCCCAACUCCCAAGCCUGCAAAUGUGGAUCAUCAGCAGCAGGUUUAAUAAUAGUAUCAUUAACGAACCCGAUUUUGUUCUUCACAUUGAACGCUGUCGACAUGGCACGGUUCCGGGAAUUGUUGUUAUCUCCGGUGAGCAAUUGAGAGACCAACACAAGACCUGGAUUGUCUGAAUGGUGCCGGUAAAAAGGAUUUUCAAGACUCCAUUAAUGCAAUGAUGAAGAAACACGGGCUGAAGGAAGGGAAGAACUCAGAUAAUAGCCAAGUUCAGAACGUGGAAGAGAAGAAAACUUAUGAUACCACAUUGGAGAUCGAAUAACAGAAAUGAAGGAGAAAAACUCAAAUUCUCAUUGAACCAAAUAAAUGAUCUGGACAUCAAAGGAAGAGUCUAUUUGAGUGAACAAGGGAUUAAUGCGCAGUAUAGCGGGCCAUCAAAAGAUGCUCUGGCAUAUGUCAACUGGUUAAAAGAGGACAACAGGUUUUCUGACAUCAUGGUUCAGAUGUCUCCAUCAGAAAAGGGUCAUAGCUUUCCAACAUUGAAGUUACGGUAUAAGCCUUCAUUAGUACAGUUUGAUGGUGGCAUAUCACAUCUUCCAUUGCUUGAUCCUUCAAUGAGGGCAAUACCUUUAGCACCUUCCGAAUGGAGGGGUAGAUUGGCAGCCAUCAAUAAAAAUGAUCUUACUUCAAAAGAUUAUCCUAACAGAAAUUACGUUCUAUUGGAUGUGAGAAAUGGUUAUGAGUGGGAUAUUGGACAUUUUUGUGGGGCUCAGAGACCUAAUGUGGACUGCUUUAGGAGUACUUCGUUCGGAUUGACUAAGGAACAGAUAACUGCUUCAGAUCCUUUAUCAAAUGUGGAUAAAGAAAAAGCAAUCAUAUUGAUGUAUUGCACUGGAGGGAUUCGUUGUGAUGUGUAUUCUACAAUGCUAAGGCAGCAGGGAUUUCAGAAUUUGUAUACCCUCAAGGGAGGUGUUUCUCACUAUUUAAAGAGUGAAGGCCCUGCAGAAUGGGUAGGAAAUUUAUUUGUAUUUGACUCCCGUCUGUCUCUCCCUCCUCCUGUUUACUAUGCCUGGGCCACAGCUGAAGCAGAGGCGACUCCAGUUUCUGGAGAUGAUAGAUUCGCAAAAUGUUACAUAUGUAAUAUGCAAGUCAGUGAGUUGAGACAUAGGAACUGUGCAAAUCUUGACUGUAAUUUACUUUUUUUAUGCUGCAGAGAAUGUGCAAAGGAUCUAAGCGGAUGUUGUUGUGCAACUUGCACUACUGCUCCUCGGCUUAGACCUGUUUUAAAUGGAGAUCAGAGAUACAAAAAAUGGCACAUCUAUCGUGAUAUGGAUUUGCAAGGCAAGAUGAAAAUUUGACCUUGACCUUAUGAAGUAUUAACCACUCAAUCAUAAAUAAUGGGGAAAGCUAUCCUUCUGCUGAGGAAUCCCUGCACUGCACUCAGUGCACUGCCAUGCUCUCUCACUGCUUGAUGAAGUUGAUCACUGGUUGGAGGAUAUGUCAGUGUCACCACUUAUACGAUGUUAAUUUAUAGUACUUCUCUUCUCACAUUUGAAUGAUGUUUUUGUUCGUGAAAAAAGUAAUAGAAAAAUUAUGUUUUUACUGUUGUUCAA